AUGACAAUAUAUCGUGGAAUAUAUAUUCCUGUAAAUGGUCCUCUGGAAGUAAAAAGAAUUAAUAAUACUAGUGAAGAAAUCUGUCGCCUACUAGAAUGUACCAAUAAUCAGCAUAUUACCAUUUGCGACUUGGAUAAUUAUGAUCUUGCUAUAUUAUAUGAUGAUGAUGGUUAUGCUAAAUCUUUACCUCAGAAUCCAUUAGCGACUCGUCUUAUAUAUCAACGAAUGGGACGGGAUGAUUUACCACCAAUUCGAGGGCCUGUUGUAUUAGUUGACGAUUACAGAAAAUUAUCUCUCAAAGAUCUUCGGAGCGGAUUGAAAAUGGCAGUAGGAAAAUGUUAG